UGUAUCUACUUCCAUUUGUAGAAAUUAUAGGAUGAGGGAGAGGCAUCGCCAUUAUCCGAACUCACAGAGUGCUGGUUCAUCAAGCAAGAGGCUGGAGGAGGUCUCUCCACUGGGAGGCGAUCAAUGGCCGAUGACAUCUUCCAUGGACUUCCUCCUCCUUCGGCAACACAUGAGGCGGUGGUGGAGCAAGUGCUACCUUCGAUCUCUGAGAGACGAUACUCGUCUCCGAUUCCCAUUCCCUCCAUACGGCCUCCUGCCCUCAAGAGCGCCCUUAAGAGGGACAAGCACCCGGAAUCUCCUGGUGAAGUAGCACCCCAGAAGCGCCUCCGAUUCAAAACUACAGUUGAUGCAACUGAAGCACAAGUUAUAGAAGCAAUGAAGAAAAUCACGUCACAUAUAAAAGUUCCUUCGAAGUUUAGCAAGGCAUCAAAGCUUGCUAUACAACUAAUUCAAGCUGGUAGUGUAAAGCCAGAAAACAGUGAUUACUUCUUUGCCUUGCUGGAUGCAGCAAUGUCCUCUCCUACUGCUUGCAAUGAACCUUUAUUAAGGGCAGAUUAUCAUGCAAUGUUCUCUGCUGUUCAAGAGGUUACUCAGUGUUUCAGUAGGCAACAGAAGAAUGUUUUGGCAACGUGGAUGAUAAGGGCGUUGGUAGCUAAUGAUCUUUAUACUGAUGACAGCUUUGUGAAACUUGCAUGUUUGCAGUAUUCGAAGGCUGCUGGAAAGAUAAAGGAUGCCAUAUCUAGUCUCCCUGCUGCCACUGUAGAGGAUGAUGGGGAGGAAUCAGAAAUCCUGGGAAAAGCGGAAAAUGCUGAUUCUGUAGAUGUCGUAUUGUCAGCUCCUUCAGAAUCAGAUAAGGAAGCCUUUGAUCCUUUUGGAUUGGAUGCUUUGCUUCUACACGCAGGCAAGAAAAAUGAAAAGUCCAGGGGAAAGGAGGUCGCUGCAUUAAACAAGAAGGCAGAUGAAGAAGAGCAUAAAAAAUUUGUAAAGGCUCAAAGAGAGGUUUUACUUCUCUGUUUGGAGAUAGCUGCACGGCGUUAUAAAGUUCCAUGGUGCCAAACUGUGAUCGAUAUUCUUGCAAAAUAUGCUUUUGACCACAUCGACAGAUUCACGUUGCGGCAAAGAGAGGCCAUUGAAAAGCUUUGGACCUCCAUAAAAGAGCAGCAGAUUAGAAGGAAGCAGGGCAAAUCGGUUACCGGCAAGCUUGACAUGAAUGCUUUCGAAUGGCUGCAAGAGAAAUACUCUCGUGAGAAGAUAAGCAUACGGCAUUCCGUCGGAGGUGGGGGAGAGCGACAGGCGCAGCAGUGGCUUGGUUAAUUUGAUUGUAUGAAAAGAGAGAAUGUAAUCAAAGCUUUCAUGUGGUCUUUUGAAAAUAAAUUUUCAACGUUAUGACUUAAAAAUUGUAAGGCCUGACAUUUGUAACUUUAUUGUUGUAUUGAUUUCUCCUAAUUUUGGAUUUUCUAACCAAUCCU